AUGGCAAGCGGAGAUCCGGUUCUGUGGAGCCUAUACGUCUACGCUCCCAAUCACGGAGCUCCAAUCUUCUUUGCCAUCGCCUUUGCUAUUUCUGCCGUCUUUCAUAUUUGGCAAUGCUUUCAAUAUAAGGCAUUUAGAUUGGUCGGAUUACAGUCUGCAUGCGCUGUAGUAUUCGUGGCAGGCUUUGUGAGUCGAGAGUACUCGUCGUACCACUACAUCUACGAAGAAGAUUCAAAUGAUGUUCUCAUCCCCUUUAUCCUUGGUCAAGUCUUCAUAUAUGCAUGCCCGCCCCUUCUCGAGCUUUCGAAUUACCAUGUCCUCGGCCGCGUGUUUUUUUACGUUCCUCACUGCGCUCCACUGCCUGCUUCCAGUGUUCUCCGUAUAUUUGGAGGCCUCAUGGCUAUCGUCGAAGCCUUGAAUGGCGUGGGAGCUUCUUUAUCUUUUAAUCCAUCGGCGUCGCCUGGUACACAAACGCUUGGAAGCCACUUGAUAUUGGCAGUCCUCAUCAUACAACUCAUAGUUAUCACCAUCUUCAUCGGCAUGACGUCUACUUUCCACGUCAGAUGUAUCAAAGCUUCGGUACCAUCCAAAAAUGUCUACACUCUGCUAGCGACGCUAUACAUGAGUAUGACGCUAAUCUUCAUAAGAUGCAUCUAUCGCCUGGUAGAACACACUGGCGAUACAAAGGUAGAUAUCACUGACCUCGAGGCCCUUAAACAACUGAAUCCUCUUUUGCGAUACGAAGUCUACUUCUACAUCUUCGAGGCCACUCUUAUGCUUCUCAACUCUAUACUAUGGAAUGUAUGGAACGCAGGUCGCUUGUUGCCGGCAAACCCGCAUAUCUAUCUGGCACAAGAUGGAAUUGAGGCCAUGGUCGAAGUGCCACCGGAUACUCGGCCGUUUUGGCAGAAAGCUGUGCACAGGUUCACAUUUGGGGUGUUAUAUGGCGCAAAGAGUCCUGUUGUGAGACUUGAAGAGCUGACCGAGUACUCGAGAGACAGCGGAAAUGAGCAAGCUGGAGCGCAUAUGCUUAAGUGA